CGUUACCUUAUCCCAACUCUUUAUUCUGACGCCUUGGAUAAGUAGAUAAAUUGUAGGGAGCGGACGGAAGUUGCAGGCUUUCUCACCAAUUACGACUCAUGCUUGCAUCGCUCUUCUUCUCGCUCCGAACUCCGUCUCUGAUUAUCGUCUCCUGCUCCGCAAACCCUAAUCAAAAGCCUCCAAAUGCGACAAAUCAUCAUCAAGUCGAGCAAAUCAGGAACAACCCAGGAUUCCCCGUGUCCAAAGAACCCACCAGAAACCCUGAUGCUGUGAUCAAGGUCCCGACGGCUCCAUGGAUGAAGGGUCCUCUAUUGGUCCGACCCGAUGAAGUUCUCGACCUUUCAAAACCCAUGAAGAGGCGCAGCAGCGGACGUAAGGUUGAGGAGAAGACGUUCAAGGCGUUGAAUCGCAGAGAGAGCGGGAUCAGGGGGAGGAAAGCGAUGAAGAAAAUCGUCCGGAACGUCGAGAAGCUCGAAGAGAAUAGCGAUUCGGACGAAGGCCAUAUGGAGAGUCGGGACGAUUUCGUGUUCGAUGAGUAUUUGGACCAUAUACCGGAGAAUCCGGCGGAAUUCGAGGCCGGUAAGAGAUUUGGCGGGAAAAUGCCAUGGUACAGAGAAGAAGAGAGGUUCAUACUGCGGAGGACGAAGAAGGAGAAGGCUCCGACGGCGGCUGAGCUCAGCCUUGACGAAGAUUUGCUGAAGAGACUGAGGCGUGAAGCUAUGAGGAUGAAAAAAUGGGUGAAGGUGAAGAAAGCGGGUGUUACAGAGGAUGUGGUGAAUGAUAUUAGGUUGAUUUGGAGAAGAAACGAGUUGGCGAUGGUGAAAUUUGACGUCCCUCUGUGUCGGAAUAUGGAGCGAGCUCAAGAGAUCAUCGAGAUGAAGACUGGAGGCUUGGUUGUCCUGAGCAAGAAGGAUUUUCUUGUAGUUUACAGAGGAUCCAAUUAUCUUUCCCCAUCAAAAUAUACAUCAGAGACGAGGAAUUCGACUUGGGUUAGGGGACAAGACUACAAAUCAAGCACGACAGAAGCUAAUACUGGUGAAUCCAUUGGCGUUUUCAGAAAAGAAAAUGAGACCAUUGAGCUGGUUAACACAUCAUUGUACGAGAGAGAAGCUGAUAGGUUGUUGGAUGGCUUAGGGCCUCGGUACAUUGACUGGUGGAUGAGAAGACCAUUUCCAGUUGACGCAGACUUGCUUCCCGAAGUGGUUCCUGGGUACAGACCUCCGUUUAGACGUUGUCCGCCAAAUACUAAGGCUAAGCUGACAGAUGAGGAGCUUACUUACUUGAGAAAGCUGGCUCAGUCUUUGCCAUUUCAUUUUGUCCUCGGAAGGAACCGAGGGCUUCAAGGUCUAGCUGCUGCAAUCUCGAAGUUAUGGGAGAAAUGUAUCAUAUCGAAGAUUGCCAUCAAAUGGGGUGCUCUGAAUACAAACAAUGAGCAAAUGGCAGAUGAACUGAAGGAUCUCACGGGAGGUGUUUUGAUUCUACGCAAUAAAUACUUGAUAAUACUUUUCAGAGGCAAGGAUUUCCUUCCCGAUGAAGUUGCAGAUUUGGUAGAUGACAGAGAAAGAAUCCUCCGAAGAUAUCAACACUUUGAGGAAACUGAACGGGUAAAAGAUAUCGAGACUUUUGAGAUAGCCAUUGAUGGGCAAAUUGAGGAAACCAGCAAAGCUGGAACCUUGAUAGAGUUUCAAGAACUUCAGAGAAAAUAUGGGGAAAUGGAAAAGAAAAAUAUGGAGAUGGAAGCUGAGAGAGCAAAACUGGAGAGGGAACUUAGAGAGCAAGAACACAAGCUUUCGAUGCUAAAAUCAAAGAUAGAGAAAUCGGCAGCGGAGUUGAUUAAGUUGAAUUCUAUGUGGAAACCGUCUGAGGAAGACGAGGACAUUGAGAUACUGACAAAUGAGGAAAGGGAAUGCUUGAGGAGAAUAGCACUGAAAAUGAGUGGCAGCUUGGUUCUUGGUAGAAGAGGGAUCUUUGAUGGGGUCAUAGAAGGGAUACAUCAGCACUGGAAACACAGGGAAGUAGCAAAGGUGCUCACAAUGCAGAAGAUUUACUCGAGAGUUCUUUAUACAGCAAAAUCACUUGAAGCAGAGAGCGGAGGGGUACUCGUUUCAGUGGAGAAACUUAAAGAAGGUUACGCCAUUAUCGUUUACAGAGGCAAGAAUUACAGACGUCCUCCAAAACCAAUGUCCCUUAACCUUCUCACGAAAAGAAAAGCUUUGCAAAGGUCUCUUGAGAUGCAGCGUCUCGGUUCGUUGAGAUUUUUCGCAUACCAGAGAGAUCGAGCAAUAGUGGAUUUGAAGCUCAAAUUGGAUGAACUGAACAAAAGGACGUGACUUGAAAGGUUCAAGAUAAAACCAAACGGUGGACAUUCCUGAAGUCUGUGCAGUUCAUCAGAUGAACAAAGACUGGAUCGAAGAAAGAAAGCAUCACCGGAUUAUAAAUCCGACAAGACCCAGAAAACAGACAGACCAGGAAAAUCUUCGUGGAGCCAAAUGGGCCGAUGCCAUAAUGAUAAUCAGGGAUGAAGAACAUGCCCUCCUGGCAAAAGAUAAGCUCAAGAUUUCUGGAGUUUAGAUGAAGAGGGGAAAAAGAAGAAGAAGAGAUGAUUUCUUUCUUCUUUUUCCAGAGUUAAAGUACUCGAGUUGUCCAGAGACCUGACACAAAACAAAUCCAAUAUAUAUACGUAAUUUAUUUAUGAUUGAAAUGGUGCGGUGCGUACACCAAGGUUCUUA